ACUCUAUGGUCCCGGGGGGUGGGGGGCGAUCUAGCCGCACUUUACCGACUCUAUGCUUUCCUCUUCCGGUUCCGCUAGGUGACGGCCUGUUGCUGAGUGUUUUCGCGCCUGUCGCUCUGUGUGUUGUAGCGACAGGAGCUCGGCCCGCUUCCAACAUGUCUUACAACUAUGUGGUGACCGCUCAGAAGCCCACUGCGGUCAAUGCCUGCGUGACAGGUCAUUUCACUUCUGAAGAUGACCUGAAUCUUUUGAUCGCAAAGAACACACGACUGGAGAUUUAUGUGGUAACACCAGAGGGGCUGCGACCUGUGAAGGAGGUCGGAAUGUAUGGCAAGAUUGCUGUCAUGGAGCUUUUCAGACCCAAGGGAGAAAGUAAGGACCUCCUCUUUGUAUUGACAGCCAAGUACAAUGCCUGCAUCCUUGAAUAUAAACAAACUGGUGACAGCAUUGACAUCAUCACCCGGGCACACGGCAACGUUCAGGAUCGCAUCGGCCGUCCAUCUGAAACGGGGAUCAUUGGCAUCAUUGACCCUGAUUGCCGAAUGAUUGGUCUGCGCCUUUAUGAUGGUUUAUUUAAGGUUAUCCCUUUGGAGAGAGAUAAUAAAGAGUUGAAGGCUUUCAACAUCCGAUUAGAGGAGCUUCAUGUUAUUGAUGUCAAGUUCCUCUAUAGUUGUCAAGCGCCCACCAUCUGCUUUGUGUACCAAGACCCACAGGGCCGUCACGUCAAGACUUAUGAGGUCUCCCUCAGAGAAAAGGAGUUUAGCAAAGGUCCGUGGAAGCAGGAGAAUGUCGAGGCUGAGGCAUCUAUGGUGAUUGCAGUUCCAGAGCCCUUCGGAGGUGCCAUUAUCAUUGGACAGGAAUCCAUAACCUACCACAAUGGAGAAAAAUAUUUGGCAAUCGCACCACCUAUUAUUAAGCAAAGCACCAUUGUGUGCCAUAAUCGCGUUGACGUGAAUGGCUCACGAUAUCUUCUUGGGGACAUGGAAGGUCGUCUGUUCAUGUUGCUGCUAGAGAAGGAGGAGCAGAUGGAUGGAAGUGUCACUUUAAAGGACUUACGAGUGGAGCUCCUUGGAGAGACCUCCAUUGCUGAAUGUCUUACUUACCUGGAUAAUGGAGUAGUGUUUGUGGGCUCUCGCCUUGGAGACUCACAGCUAGUUAAGCUAACUGCAGACAGUAAUGAGCAGGGCUCCUAUGUUGUGGCAAUGGAGACUUUCACUAACCUGGGCCCAAUUGUGGACAUGUGUGUAGUGGAUCUUGAAAGACAGGGACAAGGACAGCUUGUUACCUGCUCUGGUGCGUUCAAAGAAGGUUCACUGCGAAUCAUCAGAAAUGGCAUUGGCAUUCAUGAGCAUGCCAGCAUCGACCUACCAGGGAUCAAAGGUCUGUGGCCUCUCAGAGUUGCUGCCAAUCGUGAAACAGACGAUACGUUGGUCCUGUCUUUUGUGGGACAGACAAGAGUUUUGACCUUGUCUGGAGAAGAGGUGGAAGAGACAGAUCUUGCUGGUUUUGUUGAUGAUCAACAAACAUUUUUCUGUGGCAAUGUGACACAUCAGCAGCUCAUUCAGAUAACAUCAGCAUCAGUACGGCUGGUAUCUCAAGAUCCACAAAGCCUGGUAAGCGAGUGGAAGGAGCCCCAGGGUCGUAAAGUCAGUGUCUGUUCUUGCAACAGCCGUCAAGUUCUACUUGCUGUGGGAAGAGUCCUAUAUUACCUGGAAAUUCACCCUGGAGAGCUUAGACAGAUGAGCUGCACUGAAAUGGAACAUGAAGUUGCCUGUUUAGAUGUGACCCCACUGACUGGUAGUGACACAUUGUCCUCACUUUGUGCUAUUGGCCUCUGGACUGACAUCUCUGCCCGAAUCCUCAGUCUGCCAGACUUUCAGUUGUUGCACAAGGAGAUGCUGGGGGGCGAGAUUAUUCCAAGAUCCAUCCUUAUGACUUCUUUUGAGAAUAGUCACUACUUGCUGUGUGCACUGGGAGAUGGUGCUCUGUUCUAUUUCAGCCUAAACACAGAGUCAGGUCUUUUGAGUGACAGAAAAAAGGUGACAUUGGGAACACAGCCCACAGUCCUAAGGACUUUCCGAUCUCUGUCCACAACAAACGUGUUUGCUUGUUCUGAUCGGCCAACUGUCAUCUACAGUAGCAACCAUAAACUUGUUUUCUCUAAUGUUAACUUGAAAGAAGUUAACUAUAUGUGUCCCUUGAACUCGGAGGGCUACCCUGAUAGUUUGGCUCUAGCUAAUAACAGCACUCUAACCAUUGGGACGAUAGAUGAAAUCCAGAAACUGCACAUCAGAACUGUGCCACUCUUUGAAUCUCCCAGGAAAAUUUGCUAUCAGGAGGUAUCUCAGUGUUUUGGGGUUCUCUCAAGUAGAACAGAGGUUCAGGAUGCCAGUGGCGGUAGCUCCCCUCUACGACCAAGUGCUAGUACUCAGGCAUUGUCUUCCAGUGUGAGUAGCAGCAAGCUGUUUUCAGGAAGCACCUCUCCCCAUGAAACCUCAUUUGGAGAAGAACUUGAAGUUCAUAACCUCCUUAUCAUAGACCAGCACACUUUUGAAGUCCUGCACACUCACCAGUUCCUGCAGAACGAAUACACCCUCAGCUUGGUGUCCUGUAAGCUGGGGAAGGAUCCCAGCACUUAUUUUAUAGUGGGGACAGCCAUGGUAUAUCCGGAUGAGGCAGAACCAAAGCAAGGGAGGAUCGUGGUUUUUCAGUACGGUGAUGGGAAGCUGCAGACUGUCGCUGAGAAAGAAGUGAAAGGAGCUGUGUAUUCUAUGGUGGAGUUUAAUGGAAAGCUACUGGCCAGCAUCAAUAGCACGGUUCGUCUGUACGAGUGGACAGCAGAAAAGGAGCUUCGUACAGAAUGCAGCCACUACAACAAUAUCAUGGCAUUGUAUCUGAAAACCAAGGGCGAUUUCAUCCUGGUGGGAGACUUGAUGCGUUCGGUGCUGUUGCUAGCUUACAAGCCGAUGGAAGGAAACUUUGAAGAGAUUGCACGGGAUUUUAAUCCCAACUGGAUGAGCGCAGUGGAGAUACUUGAUGAUGAUAACUUCCUAGGAGCAGAGAAUGCAUUUAACUUAUUUGUAUGCCAGAAAGACAGUGCUGCCACAACAGAUGAGGAGCGACAACACCUGCAGGAAGUUGGGCUGUUCCAUCUGGGGGAGUUUGUCAAUGUGUUCUGUCAUGGUUCCUUGGUGAUGCAGAAUCUUGGGGAAACAUCCCCUCCAACACAGGGCUCUGUCCUUUUUGGAACCGUUAACGGGAUGAUUGGUCUUGUGACAUCCGUAUCUGAGAGCUGGUACAAUCUCCUGCUUGAUGUUCAGAAUAGGCUCAACAAAGUCAUCAAGAGCGUAGGCAAAAUUGAACACUCAUUCUGGAGAUCAUUCCACACAGAGAGGAAAACUGAAGCUGCAACAGGAUUUAUAGAUGGGGAUCUGAUUGAGAGUUUCCUGGACAUCAGCAGGACAAAGAUGCAGGAAGUAGUAGCAAAUCUACAGAUUGACGAUGGCAGUGGUAUGAAGAGAGAGACGACUGUCGAUGACCUAAUAAAGAUUGUAGAAGAGCUAACCAGGAUUCACUGAUUCUGACGCUCCCCUUCAUGUUUACCCCCUUAGGCUUCCCUAAUAUCCUAUGUGGGAGUAGCCUCCAUGGGCCUGAUGGACAGUGAGGUCAGCUUACAUUAAUACUGUCGGUGCCUAAGGAGAAUAUCUCGUUAUGCAGCCCAUCUGGCAUUUAUAUCUUUUGCAUCUAGAGUUGGCCAGUGAGUUGCAGGACUCAUGCCAGCAAAUGGAAUUGUGUGUGAUUGUACAGGUUAUUACCCCCAACUACCCCCCUGCACCCUCUUUCCAUGCUGAAACUUGCCCCUUCCUAUGUAUUUUUUCAUAUAUAGUAUUGUGAAGAGGGGUUUCUUCUCCCCAAGAACUCUGCAUAGCUGGUGUAAGCUGUGGCAGCAGAAACCAGGCAUGUGACGUCAUCUGCAGUAACUAUGGGGUGUUUCACGUGCUAGUUGCUGUUCUAAUGGUGCAGUGUCCCUGUCUCCAGUUCUUGUGUUCAAGCCGUAAAAGAGGGAGGUUAUUUUCUGACAAUUUAGGAAAUAAAUUGGGCUGGAAAUGAAAUUUUUUAAAGCUUCUUAUUGUGAGCACUGGAGCGUGGUAUUUUCCCAAAGUGUUUUCUUGGGAUGUGUACAGGAAGGCUUCUACUCAUGUUGGUUUCCCUCGUGUUGUAUGCAAUGCAGAUCUGGUUAUUA